AUGUAUACCCAAGUACAUACCGGUGCUAUCACAGUAUACCCAAGUCUAGGUAUGCCGGUGGUACUCUGUGUAGGGCUGAAUUCGAACAGAAAGGGUAUUUUUGGUUUGAUCUUUGAAGUUUUGUCUCUCAGGUUUUGUCUCUCAGAUUCCAAGUUGCAAGUUGCAAGCUCUAGGUUUCGACCGCAGGCGUAGCUGGCGCUGUCUCAGACCCUUGGACUCUCAGAUUCUCAGACUCUCGGACUCCCAGGAGCUCAGAUGCCCAGGAGCUGCACAUGCCGUAGAUACGGUAUGUGUGGGAUGUGGGAUGUGUAUAGUGUGUAUGGUGUGUGAUGUGUAUGGUGUGUAUGAUGUGUAUUUACUGGCUAUUACCUAUGAUAGGUAGUAGCUAUCCCUUUGAAGGAUGCUGCAGCCUAUUCCUGUGCCUGUUCUUGUGCUGUUCCUGUUCUUGUGCUGUUCCUGUUCCUGUGCUGUUCCUGUUGCCGUUCCUGUUGCUGUUGCUGUUCCUGCUCGGCAUGCUGCUGUGUGGCUCGUCUGCAGGUACGGCAUUGUAGCAUCGCAUAGCACAGCAUAAGCUGCUAUUCGUUAGUCAGGUACUGCCGUAUCAUAGAAUACGGUAUCAACCAAUACCGGGGCCUAUCAUAUGUACCGGGGACCUAUCCUAUCCUCUGAGCUCUCAGCCCCCGCGGACACCAGUGGGGGGGCUGAAGCCCGACUCUAACUAGAUUCUAGUUAUAGAUCUGGACUGGAGUCUGGACACAACUGUCAACAGUGAACACGAGCCCAUCGGGGGGGAACGAAAUUGGCGGAGUUAGGCUCCGCUCUGCACUCCGCACACUUCACUCCGCGCUCUUCACGAGUUAUUCCUGCAACAGAUGCGAUGGACGGAGAUGCGAUGGAGAGGUUCUCACGGAAACUGCUUGGAAAACAUCGAAUGCCCGACCAGGAAUGGGACUUUGCGCCGGUUGCCAGUCCAGGAAUGUACUGGUACCUACAACAUUUAGGCACCGUAGCUACUGUACU